CAUAUUUUUGUUGUUCGUGCUAACUUGAUGCAACGUGUGAAAAUGGCGUUGAUCGGACUGCCAGACCGGAGUUAACGUUUGUUCGUAAUAUCCCGCACCAUUUAUCCUGUUAUUGAGCAUCACACGAAGUGUUGCCCACGGACGCCAUGGCGAGUUUGGAUCAGAAAUCGCCCAACGUGCUUCUCCAAAGCCUGUGCUGCAGGAUCACGGGGAAAAGCGAAGCUGAAGUUGCCCACCAGUUCCAGUACGCGGUGCGAGUCAUUGGCAGCAACUACGCCCCAACUAUUGAACGAGAUGAGUUUCUGGUGUCAGAGAAGAUCAAGAAAGAAUUGCUGAAGCAGAGGAGGGAAGCAGACGCUGCACUGUUCUCCGAGCUGCACCGAAAACUUCAGACACAGGGUGUUCUGAAGCAUCGCUGGUCUGUUCUCUACCUGUUACUGAGUCUGUCUGAAGACCCCCGUAAACCGUCCAGCAGGGUUGGCAACUAUGGGGCAUUGUUUGCCCAGGCGCUUCCCAGGGACGCUCACUCCACGCCAUUUUACUGCACACGGCCCCAGAGCCUGGCCCUGGGCUACGCAGACAGGACUGCUGGUCUCUCCGCCAGUGUGGGAACCAGCGGCAUCUCCACUCUGGGAGUCUAUUCGCUAAACGGUCCAACACCAACACCGCAGUCACUACUGGCAGGCCAGGUUCCUCAGUCCGUGGCAGCGAGCGGUGCCUCUGUUGGGUCUCGGCUGCCCUGGGCUCUUCCCAUAAGCUCCUCCCCUUUGUCUGGUACAGUCCCACCUGCCACCCGGCCUUCCCUGGGUCCUGGUGCUCUUUCUAACAGAGUUGUCCGUCCUCGCCAUGAAGGCGAUCCGAUUGGGGAUGUGAGCGAGGCAGUGCUUGUCCGGGACAUCCUCUACGUCUUCCAGGGAAUAGACGGCAAGUUCAUCAAGCUGAACACGCAGGAGAACAGCUACAAAAUAGAUAGCAAGGUGGUGCUGUGCAAGUCCCUGAGGGACACCAGCAGCAGACUGGCAGAGCUCGGUUGGCUCCACAACAAAGUCAGAAAAUACACAGAUGUGAGGAGCCUCGACCGGGCUUUUGGACUGGUCGGACAGAGCUUCUGUGCCUCCCUCCAUCAGGAGCUGAAGGAGUACUACAGGCUCCUCUCUGUCCUCCACUCCCAGUUGCAGGUGGAGGAUGACCAGGGUGUGAACAUGGGUGUUGAGACCAGUCUGACGCUCAGAAGGCUGCUGGUCUGGAUGUACGACCCCAAAGUCCGGCUCAAAACAUUGGCUGCCCUUGUGGACUUUUGCCAGGGCCGUAAGGGAGGUGAGCUGGCCUCAGCAGUCCAUGCGUAUGGUAAAACAGGAGACCCACAGAUGCGAGCACUGAUUCAGCACAUCCUCAGCCUGGUCUCGCACCCCAUCCUUAACUUCCUCUACAGGUGGAUCUACGACGGCGAGCUAGAAGAUACCUACCACGAGUUCUUUGUAGCAUCAGAUCCCAACGUGAAGACAGACCGCCUGUGGCACGACAAGUACUCCCUCAGGAAGUCCAUGAUCCCCUCAUUCGUCACCAUGGAUCAGGCCCGGAAAGUGCUGCUGAUUGGUAAAUCCAUUAACUUCUUGCAUCAGGUUUGCCACGACAGAACGCCACCCAGCAAAAUUACACCAGCGUCCAAGUCAGCAGACACACCCAAAGACGCUGCAGAGCUUCUGUCUAACCUGGAGGGGGCGUUUCAGGAGAAAAUUGAUGCUGCCUACUUUGACACCAGCAAAUACUUGCUUGAUGUUCUCAACCACAACUACCUGCUACUGGAGCAUCUCCAGGCCAUGAGGAGAUACCUGCUGCUGGGUCAGGGCGACUUCAUCCGGCACCUUAUGGAUCUACUCAAACCAGAGUUGGCACGUCCUGCUACCACUUUGUACCAACACAACCUGACUGGCAUCUUAGAGACUGCCGUCAGAGCGACCAACGCCCAGUACGAUAAUGCAGAAAUCCUCAAGAGGCUGGAUGUACGACUGCUAGAGGUGUCUCCUGGUGACACAGGCUGGGAUGUUUUCAGUCUUGACUAUCAUGUAGAUGGACCCAUUUCUACGGUGUUUACGAGGGAGUGCAUGGGCCACUACCUGCGUGUGUUUAAUUUCCUGUGGAGGGCGAAGAGGAUGGAGUACACACUGACUGACAUCUGGAAGGGGCAGAUGUGUAAUGCCAAACUGCUGAAAACCAUGCCCGAGUUGUCCGGCGUGCUGCACCAGUGCCAUGUCCUCGCAGCAGAGAUGGUCCACUUCAUCCACCAAAUGCAGUACUACAUCACCUUUGAGGUUUUGGAGUGUUCUUGGGACGAGCUGUGGAAUAAAGUGCAACAGGCUCAGGAUCUGGACCACAUCAUUUCUGCCCAUGAAGUUUUCCUGGACACAAUCAUCUCUAGAUGCCUGCUGGACAAUAACAGCCGGUCUCUUUUGAACCAGCUGAGGGCCAUAUUUGACCAGAUCAUUGAGUUUCAGAAUGCUCAGGACGCCCUCUACCGCUCAGCACUGGAGGAACUCGCCCUCCGGCUGCAGUAUGAAGAGAAGAAGCAGCAGAGAGAGGAGGAGGGUCAGUGGGGAGUGACAGCGGAACAGGAAGCACGGGAGAAGAAGAGGAUUCAAGAGUUCCAGGAAACCAUACCAAAGAUGCGCUCUCAGCUCCGCAUCCUGACCCACUUUUACCAGAGCAUCGUCCAGCAGUUCCUGGUUUUGCUGAUGACCAGUGUAGAUGAGAGUCUACGUUUCCUCAGCUUCCGACUCGACUUCAAUGAACACUACAGGGCCAGAGAGCCGAGACUGCGAGCCUCGCUUGGUGCCACCAGGGGGCGACAACUGUCAAAUAUCUGACAGCAUCAGCAGCUACAAAGACAAAUGACACUUCCAGUCAUUGGGGCAAGGGGG